AGUUUUGCAGAGACUGGGUCUGCAGCGCUCCACCGGGGGCCGGCGACAGACGCCACAAAACAGCUACAGGAACGGUGGCUCGCUCCAGGCACCCAAGGCCCGGGAAAGAGGCGCGGGUAGCACGCGCGGGUCACGUGGGCGAUGCGGGCGUGCGCCCCUGCACCCGCGGGAGGGGGAUGGGGAAAAGGGGCGGGGCCGGCGCUUGACCUCCCGUGAAGCCUAGCGCGGGGAAGGACCGGAACUCCGGGCGGGCGGCUUGUUGAUAAUAUGGCGGCUGGAGCUGCCUGGGCAUCCCGAGGAGGCGGUGGGGCCCACUCCCGGAAGAAGGGUCCUUUUUCGCGCUAGUGCAGCGGCCCCUCUGGACCCGGAAGUCCGGGCCGGUUGCUGAAUGAGGGGAGCCGGGCCCUCCCCGCGCCAGUCCCCCCGCACCCUCCGCCCCGACCCGGGCCCCGCCAUGUCCUUCUUCCGGCGGAAAGUGAAAGGCAAAGAACAAGAGAAGACCUCAGAUGUCAAGUCCAUUAAAGCUUCAAUAUCCGUACAUUCCCCACAAAAAAGCACUAAAAAUCAUGCCUUGCUGGAGGCUGCAGGACCAAGUCAUGUUGCAAUCAAUGCCAUUUCUGCCAACAUGGACUCCUUUUCAAGUAGCAGGACAGCCACACUUAAGAAGCAGCCAAGCCACAUGGAGGCCGCUCAUUUUGGUGACCUGGGCAGAUCUUGUCUGGACUACCAGACUCAAGAGACCAAAUCAAGCCUUUCUAAGACCCUUGAACAAGUCUUGCAUGACACUAUUGUCCUCCCUUACUUCAUUCAAUUCAUGGAACUUCGGCGAAUGGAGCAUUUGGUGAAAUUUUGGUUAGAGGCUGAAAGUUUUCAUUCAACAACUUGGUCGCGAAUAAGAGCACACAGUCUAAACACAGUGAAGCAGAGCUCACUGGCUGAGCCUGUCUCUCCAUCUAAAAAGCAUGAAACUACAGCGUCUUUUUUAACUGAUUCUCUUGACAAGAGAUUGGAGGAUUCCGGCUCAGCACAGUUGUUUAUGACUCAUUCAGAAGGAAUUGACCUGAAUAAUAGAACUAACAGCACUCAGAAUCACUUGCUGCUUUCCCAGGAAUGUGACAGUGCCCAUUCUCUCCAUCUUGAAAUGGCCAGAGCAGGAACUCAUCAAGUUUCCAUGGAAACCCAAGAAUCUUCCUCUACACUUACAGUAGCCAGUAGAAAUAGUCCCGCUUCUCCACUAAAAGAAUUGUCAGGAAAACUAAUGAAAAGUAUAGAACAAGAUGCAGUGAAUACUUUUACCAAAUAUAUAUCUCCAGAUGCUGCUAAACCAAUACCAAUUACAGAAGCAAUGAGAAAUGACAUCAUAGCAAGGAUUUGUGGAGAAGAUGGACAGGUGGAUCCCAACUGUUUCGUUUUGGCACAGUCCAUAGUCUUUAGUGCAAUGGAGCAAGAGCACUUUAGUGAGUUUCUGCGAAGUCACCAUUUCUGUAAAUACCAGAUUGAAGUGCUGACCAGUGGAACUGUUUACCUGGCUGACAUUCUCUUCUGUGAGUCAGCCCUCUUUUAUUUCUCUGAGUACAUGGAAAAAGAGGAUGCAGUGAAUAUCUUACAAUUCUGGUUGGCAGCAGAUAACUUCCAGUCUCAGCUUGCUGCCAAAAAGGGCCAAUAUGAUGGACAGGAGGCACAGAAUGAUGCCAUGAUUUUAUAUGACAAGUACUUCUCCCUCCAAGCCACACAUCCUCUUGGAUUUGAUGAUGUUGUACGAUUAGAAAUUGAAUCCAAUAUCUGCAGGGAAGGUGGGCCACUUCCCAACUGUUUCACAACUCCAUUACGUCAGGCCUGGACAACCAUGGAGAAGGUCUUUUUGCCUGGCUUUUUGUCCAGCAAUCUUUAUUAUAAAUAUUUGAAUGAUCUCAUCCAUUCGGUUCGAGGAGAUGAAUUUCUGGGCGGGAACGUGUCGCUGACUGCUCCUGGCUCUGUUGGCCCUCCUGAUGAGUCUCACCCAGGGAGUUCUGACAGCUCUGCGUCUCAGUCCAGUGUGAAAAAAGCCAGUAUUAAAAUACUGAAAAAUUUUGAUGAAGCGAUAAUUGUGGAUGCGGCAAGUCUGGAUCCAGAAUCUUUAUAUCAACGGACAUAUGCCGGGAAGAUGACAUUUGGAAGAGUCAGUGACUUGGGGCAAUUCAUCCGAGAAUCUGAGCCUGAACCUGAUGUAAGGAAAUCAAAAGGAUCCAUGUUCUCACAAGCUAUGAAGAAAUGGGUGCAAGGAAAUACUGAUGAGGCCCAGGAAGAGCUGGCUUGGAAGAUUGCUAAAAUGAUAGUCAGUGACGUUAUGCAGCAGGCACAGUAUGAUCAACCAUUAGAGAAAUCUACAAAGUUAUGACUCAAAACUUGAGAUAAAGGAAAUCUGCUUGUGAGAAAUAAGAGAACUUUUUUCCCUUGGUUGGAUUCUUCAACACAGACAAUGAAAACAGCACUAUAUUUCUGAUCUGUCACUGUUGUUUCCAGGAGAGAAUGGGAGACAAUCCUAGACUUCCACCAUAAUGCAGUUACCUGUAGGCAUAAUUGAUGCACAUGACGUUCACACAGUGAGAGUCUUAAAGAUACAAAAUGGUAUUGUUUACAUUACUAGAAAAUUAUUAGUUUUCCAAUGGCAAUAACCCAUUUAUGAGAGUGUUUUAGCCUACUGGAAUAGACAGGGACCACAUCCUCUGGGAAGCAGAUAAGCAUAGAACUGAUACUUGAUGCACACUUGUAGUGGUAACUCAUCCCUAACAGCAUCGUAAAGCAGGUGCCAGAGGUGCUUUGCUUUGUCCUUCCAAAGCAGGUGAGUCAGCCCCACCGAGAGCCAGGCAGCUUUGAGUGGCAGCGUGGUGCUAGCAGCUUCAGUGGAACAGGGUGAGAGUUAAUUAUGCAGUCUUCUUGACAGCGGCAUUAAUUUGGAAGGAAACUGACAAGUCAUGGGUCAAGUUUCAGUGACUUCUUCCUUCCUCUGAUGGCAGUAUAUAGUUUUCACAUUUUAAUUCCUCCUCCUGAGAUGCACUAUACUUAAAACCAUUCUCUCCCCUGCUAACAGAAGGGUGUGAAUCUGGUUUACUUUGAGCAUUAGGAUUUGCCCCUUUGGAAUUCUGCACUCCAGUUACUUAACUUUCCCUUCAGAAUACAUGUGGAAAGAAAGAAAGAAAUAGCGAUGACUCCACUUUUGCCCCUGUGGCACCUUGAACAAAGCAGUUCUUCCCAAAUUAUACUUUUUUUUUUUUAAAUAAGGUGAGCAGGAUGACUGGGGAGAGAGAAACAUUUGACUUUGACUGCCUCCCCCAUUCUUUGCUGUGAGCUGGAAAGUGUGCAGUUGGUCGUCUUUCUUCUCCUUUCUUUAGGAUAGUAAGAGACUCACUCACUGCACUUCUGCUCAGUUGGCUUCUGCAUCGGGAUCGCACAGCCAUCAGCAGGACUGCCCAGUUGGUGAGCACACUCCAUUGACCACGUGGCGCCAGCGCUUCCUCAAUGCACAUGAUUGAGAGGAAAGAAAGUUCUCUUAGAUGUUACUGCUUUUGCUCAGACUUUGCAAAAAAAAAAAUAUAUAUAUGUAUAAAUAUAUAAUUAUUAAUCACUUUUGUCCUUGAGAAAGUCUUGAAUGAACAGAGAAUUUAUUCCAUUGCAAUAUUUGAUUGUAUAGAGGCACACUGUUUCAUCGACAGAAGAAGCAAAAAGGCUUUGUGUAAGUUUUUGGUACUAUGUACCACCUCUGUUAUUCUUUUAAAGCUGAAGUAUUCAUGUACUUAAACCAUAUUAUAUUUAAUUGUGUUUGAUUUUAAAAUAUAUAUAUAUGAAUUCUAUUUAAAA